AUGAACUGCGUAGAAGACGCAUUUGACACUGUGGAGCGUCGAAUUAUUUUUGAUGUAAAUGUCGCCUCCCCCUCGACAAAGUGCAUAACUUUGCCCAGCAUCCACGGGCAGUCGUUUCUGUUUGAAACUCUUGAAACUGAGCCGUUUUCUCAGUUUGGAAUAACUGUUCAAGGCUGUGAACGUAGACUCCUGAAGGGAACUACUCAUAUGGUUGCUGAAAACUCUUCAACAGCCGACAACUGGUUUCGCUGUCGUCGGAGUAUAUCAGGUAGGUGCAGUCCCUGGGCUUCCGUCAACCUUAUGUUCUAUAUGAUCAUAAAUUGUACAAAGUUCGACAAGUUCACCACACAUUUGCACACCAGCUUGGUUUUAACAGGAUUUAACAGGAAACUACUCACAAGGUUGCUGAAAACUCUUCGACAGCCUACGACCAGUUUCGUCCUUCUUGGGGUUCAUCAGAUUGGCGCAGUCCCCGAGUUUCCGUCAACCUUGAACAGGUACAUCAGGUGGGCGCAGUCUUCGGGCUUCUAUCAACCUUAUGUUUUCCUUGAACCCAAAUUGCACGAAUGUAAGGGGGAGAGAUCGUUAGAGCGCGAAUUUACUGACCAGAAGGUCCAUGGUUCGAGCCCGACCUCUGCCUCUCGACUUCCCCUGUCUAGACUUGGGCAACCUGGCAGUAUCCCGGCCCUCGUAACCACCGGAAAGUUGUUCUCACUCUUCUAUCUGUACACAGGGUUUUACCCCUAUCGCUGGUAUCCGUCCCUACAGCUGUUUGUCUUAAAGGUAUGCGUGCCUUUAAAGGAGGGAAACCAUCAGUCAACUGCAGGUCGACCAAAUAUCACACAAACAGACGACGAUACCUACUGUGUUCAAUGUGGUGAGGUCUGUUCUGCUGAUAUGAAUGACAAUGCCCACGACCGGUUUCGCCCUUCUUGGGGCUCAUCAGGUAGGCGCAGUCCCCGAGUUUCCGUCAACCUUAUGAUCUAUUUGAACCCAAAUUGCACCGUUUUCGAGAAGUCCACUCAUUUGCAAAUCGAUUUGGUUUUCACGAGAGACUCAACUGAAUCUCUCAAAUGGACCAAUCGAGCAUUCAGAGACGCUCGUGCAUCAAAGCUAUCCCCUUCAAUGCGUAGCUACCCGAUUUCUGAACGAACUGAAGAUGACUUUACCCCAAGACGUGGUUGUUACACCACGUUCCCGUUUUCCGGUGGUCGAAACUGUGGCAGCUGGAACCAAUGUGCCUAUGGUACACGGUUUAUGCACGAACUUCCAACACAAACGCACACACCGAGUUACUUGGAGAUCACCUACCACAAGCAGUCGUGGACUCAGAUGGACCAUAUGGCCAUCAGUUACCGAUGGAGAGCCUCAGUUAGGGACUGUCGUUCCUUGUGGGGUACGCAAAUUAAUUCUGAUCACGCCAUAGUGUGGGCCCGCUUAGCACUUUGCUUUCUGCCAGCACUACGCGUGCCGAAAGAGAGCAGCUCUGUUCAGACAAGUUUCAGCAGCUGGAGAGUAUCGAGCUGA